AUGGUGAAGCGCACAAGUCACAUUGAUGCCCAGGCCUGCCAGACGAAAAGGCGGCGAGCCCAUUCUAUGCCCUUAAUUGGAGAUUGCAUGUACCAGCUGGCGGAGGAGCUGAGGAGCUGCGAUGGCGUAGUGGUUAUAGAUCCACAGGCGUGCGUCGCGCUCCGUGAGGAGGCUGCGGCAUGCACUGCACUAGAGGCUCUCUCGUUGCUCCUCUUGGAUAAUUCCAGUGAGCAACGCACAGAUGGCAUGCGGGCACAUCGCCUAACGUGGUGGGGCAUUGGCGUUCUGCGCAGCCAGCAGAGCGACGUGGCCUACAACUGUGGAGAAGAGGGCGUAAGUGUUCUGUGGAACGUUGUCCCUGUUGUCCUCACUGUGGUGCCAUGGCAGGUGGAGCUUCCAUUGCGGCUACGGGAUCUUGUGCUUUGCCAGGGACACUUUGCAUCCAUCGGGGAGUGUGAUUACGGAGACAGCGAUGUGGGCCCCGUCCCGGACACCUUCGUGACGCGCGAGGCGGUGACCUUGCUCUGUGGGCUGCCACGCUGCCGUAUACAAGCCAUCUCCGGCCGCUUCCCUCUCUUUCGUCGGGUCGCACCUUCCUCUUUUUCGGCGGCGCCUCGAGGGGUCUUGGCAACGGAUGCGUCCUGGUCUCUGGUGUCCCCACGAGAGGUCUCCGCUGCUCAAUGCGCAGCGGCUGCGCAGCGGCACGCACGUCGACUGACGCCUUUUUUGGUGGGUGGCUUGUCGUCUCUGAUGGAAUCCUUUGCUUCACGGAAUGACAGGUCUGCGCCGGCGGAGUGCUGGAUCGCUGUGUGUUACCCAGAUGGACUGCCGCGUGCAGAGGCAGUGCGUGACGAGACUGACAGUGUCUGUUGUAAUACCACCAACACCUCAGGAGCCGUCCCCAUGCACGUCGCCAGUGUACACCAGUCUGAUGAUUUCUGUGAGGCAGCACCGUUUUCCCUUCUGCCGUCCCAUCUGCUGUGCCAGUCGCUGCACGUCGCGGUUGGAUGGCAGAAGAUUUUGCCCUCCUCACGCCCAUUGGCAGCGGAGGCGCUUCAACGCCUGUGCAGCCUUGUUGAUCGCGUUGCACUCCGAACAGGUCAAGGUGUCCCACUCACAUUCCGGACAACCCGGUGUGCCGCUCAGGAGACGCGCACUGUCACCAUGACGAUUCAAAAAGCGUCCAGCAUGUGA